AUGCCAAAUACCUGCCAAAACGCUACUCCCGGCGAAACAAACUCUCCCACACAGGAAGCUAUGACUCCAGAGCAGAUCGAUGCUGAUCUACUGGCGACUCACGAACGAAUCGCCAAGCGUGAAGCGCUUCGUGUCGCCCGCGAAAACCUUACCCGUUUUGAAGACGAGGUUCUUAACCCGUCUGGAGCGACUUCAGUAGUGAAUCAACAUCAUCUCGACAACUAUGAGCCGCAAGAGCGCGUAAAGGAGAUCAAGAUCGAUAAUAUUUCUAUCUUUACGUUGAGCUUCGAUCUCCAGAGGCGCCAGGACUGGCUCGUUGACGUACGUUGCGCUUUCCGGAGGGACCCUCAGAGGUAUCAGACCGACGAAAAGAAAAUCCUGGCGGCUCUAAAUUUCCUCGAUCGUUCUUGUCGGUAUGAAUGGUACCGACACGUCGUAGGAAAACCUCUAGAAGAACGCCAGCACAUUGAGGGGUCAUGGCAAUACUUUGAGGACUGGACACUCACCCUUACCCGGAACGCAACUAGUCUUCAAGCCGAUGUGACGGAGCGCAAGGCCAGUGGCUUGGAUUAG